AUGGCUCCUUGGGAGAGCUUCGACCAGGUCUUCGCCUUCAACAAGAAAUAUUCAUACGAGCCAAAGGUCUAUGAUCAGAUUCUCUCUAAUCGGCGCUCUCUCGGUCAACUCUUUGCCGAUCGACUCUUGUCACUCUUUGGCAUCCAAGGAGUAACCAAGGUCUAUCCACCCAAGAAUAAUGGAGACCUCCGAGCGCUGUUCAACCACAUCGUACCCUCCGAACUUGACAUCCACCACAAACAGUCUUUGAUCUAUUAUAUCCUCAAGGACUGUCGCGCUGCACCAGAAGCUCCUGCUCAGUUUGCGCAGCAAUGCCACCUUCCGGAGAAGUACCGUCUUCUCAUUGAAGGUCUGUGGCAUAUGGAUCGACUUGACUUCAGGAGGGCAGUCGAAUUCCUUGCGGAGCCAUCGCUCAUUCCGACCUUCCCGGACGAAAUUCUCUACGCGCUGACCCUCACCAAACUGCCCAAGCAUGACAACAGUCUGGCGAUUGCAUACUACCUCACUGCGUCGCCUCCUCUCGCCACCACCAAAGUCCGCGCGGCUUUCUUUGAAGCGCUCGCUCGCUCUAACGUCACAGAGGCAUUCUACUUCACGCGCAAGUAUGACGAAGAACAUCGUCAGGAACUUUUUGAGCAGCUGGUGGAGUUCGUGCACAAGGCCAGCCCCGGCCAAACUCGAAGUAGGCGGGCAAUUGAACUUGUUGGUCUUCCGCUUGAUGAGGACGAGGAACAGUGGUUCGAGGAUGUUCUGCUCCGAGGCAAUGCCAGCACUUUGCCGGGCUCCAAGGACACUGUGAUGAUGCGCCGUCUGGCAACUGGGCGACUGGAAGAAAUUACACCGGAGCUAGAAUCAUUGGGUGGCAAGAAGAUUGACGGUUUGAACUGGGAUGAUCUCCGGGGAAGCAUACGACACAUGUGA